UCCCAGCAUGCGUUGAUGACAUCACGAAGUGCCCCUUCUUUGUGUGUCAGUGAUGUCACCAAAUGCAGUGUGUGGGACAAUGGAAUCCUGAACUCCGGGCGAGGGCGAGUGGGAAGCGGCUGCUCCUGCUGCUGGUUCAGAGCUGAGUCGAGAGAGGGAAGGGAGGACACAGCUGCUGCUUUGGGGCUGAAACAGGUGAGAAGUUGCUGCUGCUGCCAGACGGACAAAGCAGCGAGAGAGACACGAGUGGCCAGGCCCAGCCGCACCGAGGAGGAGCAGCCAGACACAAAGGGAGAGGUUGGGGUGUGUGGUGGGGGGGUCGCUAUGUCGGAUGACGAUUCGAGGGCCAGCACCAGCUCCUCCUCAUCUUCAUCCUCCAACCAACAGACAGAGAAAGAGACAAGCACGCCUAAGAAGAAGGAAAGCAAAGUCAGCAUGAGUAAAAACUCUAAGCUGCUAUCUACCAGUGCCAAGAGGAUUCAGAAGGAAUUGGCUGACAUCACCUUAGAUCCACCUCCCAACUGCAGUGCUGGCCCCAAAGGUGACAACAUCUACGAAUGGAGAUCAACUAUUCUAGGACCUCCAGGUUCAGUCUAUGAGGGAGGUGUUUUCUUCCUUGACAUCACAUUUACACCAGAAUAUCCUUUCAAGCCUCCAAAGGUAACAUUCCGGACAAGGAUCUACCACUGUAACAUUAACAGCCAAGGCGUCAUCUGCCUGGACAUUUUAAAAGACAACUGGAGUCCAGCAUUAACCAUUUCUAAAGUUCUUCUCUCCAUCUGCUCCCUCCUCACAGACUGCAACCCGGCUGACCCCCUGGUUGGAAGCAUUGCCACUCAGUAUAUGACUAACAGAGCAGAGCAUGACAGAAUGGCCAGACAAUGGACCAAAAGAUACGCUACAUAAAUCGGAUUUUCGUCAAACUCUUACAUUAUUCGUCUGUGAUGGAAAGAGCUGCUUAUGAAUUUGAAGGGGUGGGAGGAGGGAGGGUGCUGGUAAAGAGUAGGGUAUUUCUAUAACAGAUUUUAUUCAGUCUUUUAUUUCCUAAGAUUUUGUUGUUGUAACUUAAGGUAUCUUGCUACAGUAGACAGCUAGGAUUGGGAAUAGCAUACUUUAAGACUGUAAUUAGUUCAGCAAUAUUAGCUCACAUAUAGUACCGAGAAGAAUGUAAACUUCUUAGACUUCUUUGGUUUUCAGUUUGCUUGCAAUAUGUAAAAGAUUAAAACAGCUUAAUUUUGUACAGGUACAUAGGUUGACGUUUAUGUAAAAGUCCUUUCAAGACUCUACACACUGUUUUUGCUUUUUGUUUGUUUUGGGUUUGGGGGAUUUAUUUUGUUCUGGGUUGGUUUUGUUUUGGGGUUUUUGUUUUGUAAAAAGAUGUCAGCAUUGUUUUCCCCUAUGGGAGGUCACAUUGGUAUUUAACAAAUCCUUUUUAAAGACUGUCAUCUCAUGAUCUGUGAUAUGGAGAGGUGGAUAUAUGGCCUCAUAUAUGAAAGGAGAAGUAGUUAAUGUAUUAUUUUAUAAGCCAAUCUAUCUUUGUGAAAAGAAUAAAGGGUUUAAUCAGGACUUAUGGUAACCUGUAGUGAAAUACCUUAAGCUGUUUAACUGUAAGGUGUGGAAUAGGAGUCACUCAGUGGAUUGGUUGUAUGUUGUGGGCUACUUAAGUCUGCAUUUGUUACUGUGCUAAUAAAAAGAUGUUUAAAAAAAAAAAGAAAAUAUUUCUGCUUAGUCCCUUGCUUUCCCAUUUUGCCAGAGUGGUGUCUCCCAGUACUCUUUGAUGAUUACAGUAUGGUUAAGGCAAGGGAGAUCUGCAGGUGAGUGUACUGACUGCUGCUAUUUUGGGAACACAGUUCUAGACAACCAUACAAUGAAUGACAGCGUAAGACCUUCGCAACUGUUCGCUAAGUGUUGUGCAGGGGCAUGGCCGUGAGGAGGUAACAUACCACAGGAUCCAUGAUAGUUACUUUUUAGUGGAAGUUUUCACAGCAUUGCCUCUUCAGGAGUGGCAUGUUUUGUGAAAGUACAACUGGAAAAGUGUAAGCAAUCUAGAAGGGAAAGAGGCAGGAGGUAAAAGGAAGAAAAAAAUAUCUUUAUGCUUUUCUGAUGGAGUGGUCUGUUUGGACUUGGAAGAGGAGAAGGAAUCGUGUCCUGGUAAGCUAGCAGGAGACAUUGUAAAGGAGACUUAAUCUGUAGAUCCUUUAACUACCUAUAAAGAUUAUCUCCUAGAGACAUGGUGUUUACAUUGAGGUGUGUAGCAACAGGGCAGUUAGUUGUGGAUAUGGCAUUUCAGACCACUCCCUUAAGGUAAAGGCCGGAAGCACAGAUUCAUUUUCACAUGGCGAGUACUUCACCUUGUGAAAUUCUUCUGGGUGCCACGUGGUCAUCUGCACUCUCAGAUUUGGGUUGAUACUUUAAAAUAAAUUCCAUAUAUAUUUUAUUUACAUACUUCUCUUCCUAUCUAGAUACAGAACCAAUCUAACUUGCUCCAAAGUAAGCUGUUAAUUAGAGGUGCCCUUUCCUUUGCUGGGUGGCUGUGGGUAGUAGUACCUUAGCCUCAUCAGCUGAACUGCAGUCUUUUGACACAGUGUAUGUUCAGGUGUAUGAGUCCCCUCAGCUGUUUGGCUGUUUGGUAUAUAGCUACAUCACACCAGGAGCAUCUCUGGUCAUCUUUCCCUCCUCUCCUUUACUGAGUAAAGAUGUAAAUGGUUAAAUCUCAGUAGGUUUUUGCCAGCUUCUUGCUUUGUGCUACCAGGACAUGCCAAAUUAACUGUUGUAGCUGGUGAGGGUGACUGAUCUGUACAGUGGGUAUUCAGCAGGAUAGAGGUUUAAGAAGAACAGAGAAAGAUAGUACAAUUUACUAAUUUAUUUUUCUUAUUUUUAACAAUUUUUCCCCAUUAGCUCGUGAAGGGACUCUAGCUUUGCAGAAGGUAAGUGAUCCCCAGUGACCUAGAACAGGGUUUGAGUCAGUGGAACAGUAAGAACAAAAUAUGUGUUCUGCCCUUUAAACUACUCUGUACUUUACUUAUUAACCCUAUGCAAAACUGCACUACAGCAAGUUUCAUUUUCACUCAGUACCAGCCAGUGUAUGUACAUUGUUUGCAGAGGAGACACUAAGUUUUCCAUAACUUCUCAAUAAAAUACUAUGGUAUUUAGAAUAGAUUAUUUGAGUGCUUAAAAAGCAUCAGAGUAAGCUUAUGAAAGAAAACAGUGGGUGGUGGUUUUUUAUGUGAAUGCAUUGAAUGAUCUAAACUCAUUUCUAGUGAAUUAACUAAAUCAAAGAUAACGUGUUUGCCUUUACAUAACCUAUUUGAAAAAAUGGCCUUAGUCACUUGGAAGAUCCUUUUUGUCUUGCUUGUCUUAAAAUAUUUUCAAGUCCAGGAAGUCCAGGGGAGCAGGUGAGCAAGCUACACUUCCACUGCACAGCUCUGGCAGCCUACAGGUGACAUCAGUCUUGGCAGUAGAAUUGGCACUGAGUCUGCGGCGUGCAGAGCUGGACAGGAACCAGUCAUCUCCAUUCUUUCCAUCUCCACACGUUUUAAGUUAAUUCUGACUUGUCAACCUGUACUCCCUUUGCUCAAGGGUGAGCUUCACUGAUGAUGUGAUGUUAGUAGAUGUCUUCACAUAUUUUGAUUCAUCCAAAGCUGAUUCAAGUCCCUUCUAGAAGAAGGAUUCUGCAGAGCUGAAGAAGGGGAACGUGACCCAUUCCUUGGUAAGAGGUUGCAGCAAGGAGGUGAAGCGCUGCUGCUCUGAAGUCACCUCUACUUCCCAAGCAUGCAGGCAGAUAUGGAGUCUUCUGGGCAGGGAGAAGCCUGGAGUACACGUGUGUUCAGUAGGAAAUGAGUGAGUAGUGGGUGUUGUCCUGCAGAAUCACUGGGGACAAUGACUAUUACUAGCCAGGUUGGAGGAGGUCAUGCUGUAGUGCUUACUCAGCUGCAGUGUUGCAAUGGAAACAAUUGUAUGUUUCUAGCAGGGCAGUGCAGGAGCUUGCUCAUUCAUAAUUGCUCUCUUAUCUUACUCCUUGGCCACAGCAAUCCAAACUAUAUUGAGCAAAGCACAUAAACAGUUUCGUCUACCUUUAUUAUAAUGGUAGGGAUACCUGCUUCGCUUUUAGUGAAGUGUACUGCUGCUCUGACAUCAGUAAUGCUGACAGACUUUAUUAACCAGUAUUCAGGAAGAGCAAUACUAUAAGCUUAAUUGUGAUCAUUAAGCACACUAUUUAGCAGUUAUGAUAUGACACUGCAAAUAUUGCUUGUGGUUUUGCUGAUUCACAGUGGAAUUCUCAGUAUUUGUUCAAAACAGCAGUGAAAAAUGCAGGAACUGAGUAUUUAUGUUCACUCCCUCUCCCUGCUCUUGUCUUCAAAUAUAAAGAAAAGGUAGCAUCUUUUAGUACAGGAGGUUGUUAAGAUGCCAAAAACUGGCCACUGUCUGUGGGAACAGUUGCUCAUUCUGUCCCUCUAUAUAUAUCCCCUUUUGUUAACUUUACUGACAGGCUGACCUAGGACAGCAGAUUCCUGCAGCACAGGUUUACCUUUACCAGCACUGAGUCAACACAGCACAUCCAGUUGUGCUCCUGCUGCUGGACAAUGUGCAGCAUGAUAAGUCCAAACCCAUUUGGUACAGGUAUUUCUGGGUGUUUUCCAUGAGGAUAGUCCUAAAAGGCAGCCCCCUACACUCCCUAGCCCGCUCUCACAGAGCAGUACAGCACUUUGUACCAGUUAUUAUCUGGCCUGUAGCUUCGUACAGGGGGUGGAUUGCUGCAGCUUGGCUGAGCAGCCGGGUGGGAGUGUUAUGCAAUGCACUAAGCAGAGCCCAGGCAGUACCUCCUGCAUACAAAAUUGCUCUGUAUAAUUUCUCAGUACAAUUAUCACCUAUGUGACUGUGACUGAUUUGUACUGGACAUGCUGGAACAAACCCACAUACAGCUAUCUUGUCCGUCAGGUCGCAGUUAAAUUAAGGAGUGCUCUGAGAGCUUUUCUGGUUUGUACAAAUGAGUUCUUGAGCUGGAAGCACUGAUUGCCAGACUUUGUUGACGAGCUUCAUGUCAGGGUAGAUCUGGUCUAGUAUUUCCCAGAAGACGUGAGGGGUGUUUUUGUAUGAUUUUGGUUUGUUUUUUUUCCUUCCAGACACUGGCAUAAUAUCAGUGGCUAAAUCUGGUAAUCAUUUCUCCUUCCCCAUACCCUUCUCCUGCAACAAGACACUGACCUCAGCCUUCUGCAGCAUCAGUAUGCUUUGUGGCCCUAUUUAAGGUCAAGGUAAAAGAACUACUGCCAUUUGAAACAUACUGUCUCUCCAAAUUGCUUUAUUGCAGCUAAUACUAUUUGUGACUAGAGGCUACAGAUCUGCAAGGCCAUUGCUUAAUGGUAAGCUUGUUGAUUUGUCCCUCAACAUGGCUGCAUCCAGGCAUAGUAAAAGCCCAUGAUAGAGAGGUGUCCAUCUAUCCCUUCUGUCUUCAUAACCCUUGUUGCAAGAUAACUGCUCUCAUGAAGAGCUUUUUUAGGUUUUUACCACCAGCGACUUUUUCAAGCCAAGUCUGUGAGAAGAAAGGAUACCUCUUAGCUAUAAUCUUGCUGAUUUUAUUGCUGAAUGAGAUUAUUGCUUUAAGUGAAACUGCAAGAAGCAAAUGGCACAAAAAGGACUUAAGACUGUGACCUGGCAGCAGGAGACAAUGCUAGGCUAGCCUAGUUAUCACAGUUAUUCCCUUUGCUCUUCCUUCCAGGUAAGGGAAAUGUUGAUUUGUUCUGGGACUGGGACAGUUUGCUAGCUAAGAAGGUGAAGGGUUCAAGCAGUGUUUUCCGAUCUGUCACAGUCACUUCCCACAGUCUCACUUUCUCAGCCCUUGCCCAUUGCUGUGCUGCUUCUGUUUCCACUUGCCUUUGGUCCAGGAGGUCAGUUUUGUUUCCCAAGACAAUAACUGUUACCUACAAACCAAACAAGAAGGGUGAGCUUUAUACCAAAACCAUCCACCAGUCACAAUCCUUUUAAACAGCAGGCAAGUAGCUACACAGUUCAGACCUGUCCUUUAACUUAGCCCUGGCACAAGGUAAGUUGCAUGUAGUUUGGAAGAUCAGGGUCUGGGAUUUGAAUUAGCCUCAUCUACUUGUGGGUUGGGAGCUUGUUUUCAUCAUAGGAUAUGCAGGACUUCCCCCUUCUCCCCACCCUGCUCCCCCCACCAAUUGCUUGGAAGGGAAACAAUACCAGAGAGAUCCAAAGUUAAACACCCUGAUUCUCCACUUACUUGGCAAUUGAGCUGUCCUAGGCAAAUGAUAAGAGCGUGACAUCUGCGUAGGUCAGAGCAGCAGAUGCUUGAGAGAUGAAAAAAUGCACAGCAGCAGAGAAAGCCUGGACCCCACAGCUGUGGAUUUUGCCCUGUUUGUUUCUUUUCCAAGCCCCAGCCCACAAUAUAAAUAAAGCCAACCGUGCCAGUGGCCCAGGCAGGCUGGGCUGCUGGGCCCCUCUCCCAGCCCGGCCCCGCUGGCUGUCCUGCUCCAGGCACCAAGAGCCACUAGAGGGACUGAAGCAGGGACAGUCUGCUGAAAGGGGCAGAUAAGCACCAGCACUGUCCUCUUGGAAGCAGUUUCAAGAGCAGCUGGUUAUUAGCCAAGUAGAGCAGCACAGUGGUAUCAAGUCAGAUUCAUAGCUGUAAGGAUCCACCAAGUGACUUCUGUAUGACCAAGACAGUACAGGGUGGCUGAGCUCAGUAGGUAUAUGCAGCCUUCCCAAUAUUUCAGUUCUAGGAAGUGCUGAAAGUAGUGCUGGACAUGUGAAGUUACUGCUCCUCCUUAUUUUAAGCUAACCAUUGUCUAAAAAUGUUUUACCAGCAUCAGCUCUUAGGGGAAACCAUGCCUACAUGUACAGUUCAAGGUCCUCAGUCAGACUCUGGUCUCAUCUCUACACUAGUGGUUUGACAGAGAUCAAGUCAUAAAGUCCUCUCUUACUGAUGAUUUGUGGGUUUUGCUGUGGCCACACCUGCUUGCUCUUUCCUGUUCAUCAGGCUAACGCCAGGAUGUCUUCUGUUUCUUUCCAGCUAGAGCCGUUUGUCCUGUUCCUGUGAGGUCUGAGGCUUCCUUUCUUUUCUACAGCAGUCCAGGGUGUUUGAAAAAAUGCUGUUUGGGUUUUUUUUUCCCCUCUGUGAAGGCUUUGAAAGAAGCUAUAAUCUUCAUGUGCAUUUAUCACAUGGUCCAACUGAAUUUAUCUAUGGGUAAGCCCUGUCAGUAUAACAGACACAACCUCUACGUAGUGUAAAAUUUGGCCAGACUUUAAGCGUGCUGGAGAACCCCUACCACCAGCAGAGACAAGGAACCAGCCACCAGUCCUUUCUGUCAUCUACCACACAACAGAGGACUGUGCCGCUCAACAAGUUGAAGUUCUACCAGCUCAGAAGCACAUACAUUCCUAAUUCAGUUAAGGAUUCAUUCUAUCAGAGCCCAAACUUUAAGUCAUAGAAUAAUCCACUGAUUACCAGCUAUCUUAAGAUAGGACUCCUGAUUUCACCUUCUGUGCUUCAAAGCCUACUUUAUAUGGAUUAGAAAUCAUAGGAAUGAAACUAAUUUAUCCAUUUUAUUGUGGGCACCACUCUUUUGACUACAUUAUCCUCAGUCAAAAUCACAAAAGGAUAAGCAAACUGUCUGUUUUCUAAAAUACCUGCAUGCAAUGAGAGAGAAGUUCUGACAGGUAACACAGAACAGCAGGAUGCAGAUCCUGUUGGAGCUGUGACUCCCUCUCCUCAUUACAACAUGCUGUAGAGUAACAAAUCAGGGCCCUCACAAAACACAGCACCUGGGAAAAAUUUCCUGCUUGUCCACCUUUCCUUGCCCUGCAGGGGAGUUAUGAUUGACUCCUGUAUCCCUGAUAUACGUGACAGUCUGCAGCUCACACCAGCCCUACCAGCUAACAUACCUCUCCUGUGACUGCACAUUCGUUCUGCUGUCAAACUUGAGCCUGCCUUCCUCUACCACCCUGUGUGCUGUCAAUACAAAACAAGUAACAUUCUUGGAAAGUCUCUCCCUACCAUUAUCCAAUUAAUUCUUCAUGCACUUUUUUUCCCCCAAACAGCAUAAAACAGGCAUUUGGAAAGCUGUAGGCCAAAGACUUUUAGCAGAGAAAACUACUUGAGAAUAUAAAGAUAUUGUAGGAAAAGCCAUAAUGCUAAUGCCACAUGCAAGUUAUAUUUGUUUAGCUAAGCUGGAACACUGUCAGCUGAAAACACUAGCUGCUUUCUAAGGGAAAAUAGAGCAGUCAUUUCACACAAUUGAAUUGAUUCAAUAUGGUUGUUAAAAUACAUUAAAGCUGCUUUGCCAAUUGACUAAUGUCUGGGAGACCCAUUGUCAAUUACACUAGUUUGCAAGCCAUCAAGUACAUGAAUACAAAACAAACAAAGAUAAUGCCCUUCGCUAUAUUAUUCCAUGCACUUGACUUCCCCUGUACAAUAUCUAAGAAAACAUAUGAGCUGCACUGCCAUAGACCAUAUGUUUUAUUAGCCGUAAGUGUCCUGGCUGGUGCAUUCAGCUGACUGAAUUUUAGCUCUAUUAGAGGAAAUCAGGAAGAGAAAACAAAAAGCAUUCUUUUGAAUGACCUGCAUGGCAUGUGAAUGAGACUUCACCAUGAGAUAGCUUCCUUUUGCUGGGUUGCCCAAGGCUGUGGGUAUAUUCAUUUUCCUUUGUAUGCAAGUUUUACAGAAACAAAAUCUAUUCUUUGCCAUCUUAACUUCCUAUCACUGAUACAGCAUUUAGCCAACCAUGCAUUUACCUCCUUUUUGUCCCUAAAGACAUCGAUCUCCUUUUUGAGCAGUUCAACUCUUUGGAAGGCUUCAAGGCUGGUCACAGCAUACACCAGAACAAAGCCAUCAGCAACAGAGAAAUAGUGUUUUGGCAAUUCUACGCCCUCCUGCAGACCUCUGGUGUCAUAAAGCCGUAACUGUUCCUUCACGCCUCGGUCUGUCUCCACCGAUGCCAAAUACACGUCUUCCAUUGUGGCACCCUCUUCUAAGCCUGUUUGAAAACAAGCAGGAAAGUUCAACUGCUAUAGGAAAGUCAACAGGAGGCACAUGAGCACUGACAUAGACACAGGGCUGAUUUACAGCCAGGAGGAACCUCUCGUGUCAAUGGCUGUGACACUUCAGAGAAUGGCACCAGACCUUGUGCUCUGAGCCUCCAACUAAGUUCAGGCAUGCCUCUUGUCACUUGGGAGGAGGAUGUGCAUGCCAUCAAAAUGGAAAGACUCCAUGCAUUGGCUCAGCAGUCCUCCCCACGGCUCCCCGGCCCUCAGACCAGCCACGGAGCUGCUCCUGACGUCAGUCAGGAAGCACAGGUUUUGAAACAGCUUGUGUCCAUGUUGCCAUGCCCGAUGAGCUGCCUUGUUGGUUGGCUCUGAACAGACAGGCUUUCAGCAAA